GGGGCCUCACCUGCGGCGGGCAGGUAGGCGGCUACCUGGUAACCCGGGCCUGGCCCUGGAGGCUUGGGCGCGCGCAGCCGCUCCCGGCCUCGCCAGGGACCGAGGGAUCCGCGCAGGGCGGUCGCCGGCCGGCCAGGAGGCUGCUCGGGGGCCUCGGCCUGCUCACCAUGGUAAAGCGCCGCUUCUCCAAGUUCCUGCAGAAACUCCCCUUCUUCCGCGCGGGCCACCAGUACGAGCCGCUGGAGAGGGGCGAGUUGGAAGCCCUGACUGAUGAACAAUGCGAGUUGAAAGCCAUUGACAAGGAGAAGACGGUGGCAGCUCUGCCGCCCACGGAAGCAUGCAAAUGCCACAAAGAAGACUUGGCAAAAGCACUUGAUGUGGACUUACAGCGCGGGCUGUCGGAGCUCUCGGUGGCGCGGCGCAGGCGGGGCCACGGCUGGAACGAGUUUGUCGCUGACAACACCGAACCCGUGUGGAAGAAAUACCUGGGCCAGUUUAAGAACCCCCUGAUUCUGCUGCUUCUGGGCUCUGCCCUGGUGAGUGUCCUCACGAAGGAGUACGAGGAUGCCGCCAGCAUCGCCAUGGCCGUGCUGAUCGUGGUCACCGUGGCCUUCGUCCAGGAGUACAGAUCGGAGAAAUCUCUGGAAGAGCUGACCAAGCUGGUUCCUCCAGAAUGCACCUGCAUCAGAGAAGGAAAACGCCAGCACCUGCUUGCACGAGACCUGGUUCCUGGGGACAUCGUGUUGCUCGCUGUCGGAGACCGGAUCCCUGCGGACAUUCGGCUCACCGAGGUCACGGACCUCUUGGUGGAUGAAUCCAGUUUUACGGGAGAAGCAGAGCCCUGCAGCAAAACGGACAUCCCCUUGGUGGGCGGCACCGACCUCUCCAGCCUGAGCAACAUCGCUUUCAUGGGGACGCUGGUGCAAUGUGGGAAGGGGCAGGGAGUCGUGAUCGGAACCGGGGAGCAGUCUCAGUUCGGGGAGGUGUUUAAGAUGAUGCAAGCGGAAGAGACACCUAAAACUCCUUUACAGAAAAGCAUGGACAAGCUGGGGAAGCAACUGACAGCGUUCUCGUUCGGCAUAAUUGGUCUGAUCAUGUUCAUCGGAUGGCUGCAAGGGAAGGCAGCCCUCAGCAUGUUCACGAUUGGGGUCAGCCUGGCCGUGGCCGCCAUUCCAGAGGGCCUGCCCAUCGUCGUCAUGGUUACGCUGGUCCUGGGAGUGCUCCGGAUGGCCAAAAAGAGGGUCAUCGUGAAGAAGCUACCGAUCGUGGAGACAUUAGGUUGCUGCAAUGUCAUCUGCUCUGAUAAGACGGGGACGCUGACAGCCAACGAGAUGACUGUGACCCAGCUCGUGACGUCUGAUGGGCUCCACGCCGAGGUCAGUGGAGUUGGGUACAACGGCAAAGGGAGCGUGUGCCUUUUACCAUCAAAGGAGGUGAUUAAGGAGUUUUCCAAUGUCUCUGUGGGAAAGCUAGUGGAGGCAGGCUGUGUGGCCAACAACGCAGUGAUCAGAAAAAACACCGUGCUGGGUCAGCCCACGGAAGGGGCUUUGAUCGCCCUUGCGAUGAAGAUGGACUUGAGUGACAUUAAAGAUUCAUACGUAAGAAAACAAGAGAUUCCAUUCAGCUCAGAGCAGAAGUGGAUGGCAGUAAAAUGCAGCCCGAAGAACGAGGAGCAAGAGGACAUCUACUUCAUGAAGGGGGCGUUUGAGGAAGUCAUCCGUUACUGCACCAUGUACAACCACGGGGGCAUCCCCCUGCCGCUGACGCCCCAGCAGAAAUCGCUCUGCCUGCAGGAAGAGAGGAGCAUGGGCUCGCUUGGCCUGCGGGUGCUGGCUCUGGCUUCUGGGCCCGAGCUGGGCAAGCUGACGUUCCUGGGUCUUGUCGGAAUCAUUGACCCUCCGAGGGCUGGCGUGAAGGAAGCGGUCCGGGUUCUCUCUGAAUCGGGAGUGUCCAUGAAAAUGAUAACGGGAGAUGCUCUGGAGACGGCCUUGGCGAUAGGAAGGAGCAUUGGCCUGUGCAACGGGAAGCUGACGGCCAUGUCCGGGGAGGAGGUGGAGAGCAUGGAGAAGGGCAAGCUGGCUGAUCGCAUCAGGAAGGUGUCUGUCUUCUACAGGACCAGCCCAAAGCACAAAUUGAAAAUCAUCAAGGCUUUGCAGGAGUCGGGGGCAGUUGUGGCCAUGACUGGCGACGGGGUGAACGACGCGGUGGCCCUGAAGUCAGCUGACAUUGGCAUCGCCAUGGGGCAGACGGGGACGGACGUUAGCAAGGAGGCCGCUGACAUGAUCCUGGUGGACGACGACUUCUCUGCCAUCAUGAGCGCCGUGGAGGAAGGCAAGGGGAUCUUUUUUAACAUCAAAAACUUCAUCCGCUUUCAGCUGAGCACGAGCAUCUCGGCGCUGAGCCUCAUCACGCUGUCCACCGUGUGCGACCUGCCCAGCCCCCUCAACGCCAUGCAGAUCCUGUGGAUCAACAUCAUCAUGGACGGGCCGCCGGCGCAGAGCCUGGGGGUGGAACCAGUUGACAAGGACACCCUGAGACGGCCGCCCAGAAACAUCAAGGACACCAUCGUCAGCAGAGCCCUGGUCCUGAGGAUCCUGCUCUCCGCCGCCGUCAUCAUCAGCGGGACCCUCUUUGUCUUCUGGAAGGAGAUUCCCGAGGACAGAGCAAGCACCCCACGCACCACAACCAUGACCUUCACCUGCUUCGUGUUUUUCGAUCUCUUCAAUGCCUUAACGUGCCGCUCCCAGACCAAGUUGAUAUUUGAGAUCGGCUUUUUCAGGAACCGUAUGUUCCUCUACUCCGUCCUCGGGUCGAUUCUGGGCCAGCUGGCCGUGGUUUACAUCCCGCCCCUGCAGAGGAUCUUCCAGACCGAGGAUCUGGGAGCGUUGGAUCUGUUGUUUUUAACUGGAUUGGCCUCAUCCGUGUUCCUUUUGUCGGAGCUCCUCAAAGUAUGUGAAAAAUACUGCUGCGGAACCAAGAAAGCCCAGAUCCACCAUGAAGACGUAUAGUGGACCCCGCCCAGCGUCAGAUCCCAGAAAGAAUCUCUAUUUUUAUGUGACCCUUCCUCAGUGUGCACUCUCCAGGGGAAUAUUUUUAGGAAACUGUAGCAUUAGGCCACUCACUUGAUCCUUCAUGGAAAUCAGCAGGAAUCUCAUCACGGUUCUCCGGAGGACCUGGGCCUGUGUCCACUAGUCUCCCAGUGUCCUGGGAUGCACAGUGAAGGCUGGACAGAAACAUCUCGCUAUUUAUUAAAUCACAAUGAUUUUUAUUAACCA